AUGGGUAAUGGUACAAACUUUGUGGUAGUAACCGAUGUCAACGGCGAUACUAUACCCGAUAUUCUUACUGUAAAUACGAAUUCAAAUAAUAUGGGCGUCCUUUUAAAUAAAGGGGAUGGUAAAUCAUUUUCUCAAUCUCUUUACCCAAUCGGUGGUCUUCCCUACGCAUUAGCAGUAGGUGAUCUGAAUAACGACAACAAAUCUGAUGUUGCUGUUACAAAUACUCAGUCAGGUAACAUUGGUAUUCUUAUAAAUACGGGCAAUGGUACAUUUCGUCCUCAAUACACCUUAUCAACUGGUAUUAAUCCAAAUCCAAUAACAAUAGCUGAUGUAAACGGUGACAACAGACCUGAUAUUCUUUUCUCCUGUUGGGCUACCAGUAACAUUGGUAUAUUUUUCAAUAAAGGCAAUGGUACGUUUUCUUCUCAAUCUAAUUACACAACUGGUUCCAAUCCAUUUGCAAUAGAAGUAAUCGAUGUAAAUGGUGACAAUGAACCCGAUAUUAUUGUAACAAACGAGGGAUCAAACUCCGUCAGCAUCCUCCUCAGCAAAGGUAAUGGUACAUUUCGUUCUCAGUCGACUUUUCCAGUUGGUAAUGCUUCGCGUGCAUUAGCAGUUGCCGAUGUAGAUAGUAACGGUACUCCCGAUAUUAUUGUUGGAAACAUGUAUGCGAAUACUAUUAGUGUUCUUAUUAACUUUGGUAAUGGUACGUUUCUGCCUCAAACUAUUUAUACAGUUGGUAACUCUCCACUUUCAGUGAAAGCAGUUGAUAUAAAUGGUGACAACAAACCUGAUAUUAUUGUUGCAAAUGCUAAUUCGAACAAUGUAGGCAUUCUUCUUAAUAAAGGUAUUGGUACCUUUUUCAAUCAAACUACUUACUUAGUAGGUGCCAAUCCAACAUCAAUCGCAGUUGUCGAUAUAAAUAAUGACAAUAAACCUGAUAUUAUUGUUACAAAUUUUGAUUCGAAUACCGUUGGUGUUCUCUUACAUUGUUAA